GCUGAAGAGGGAAACAUUGAGUACAAGCUGAAGCUGGUGAACCCCACGCAGUACCGCUUCGAGCACCUGGCCACGCAGAUGAAGUGGAGGCUGCAGGAGGGCCGCGGGGAGGCCGUGUAUCAGAUCGGUGUGGAGGACAACGGGCUGCUGGUGGGCCUGACCGAGGACGACAUGAAGGCCUCUCUCAGAACACUGCGCCGGAUGGCUGAAUUUAACAUAUUAAUGCGGGUGGGUGCAGACAUCACAGUUCUCAGAGAGAGGGAGGUGGAUUACGACUCGGAUGAACCUCACAGAAUCGCAGAGGUGCUGGUCAGGAAAGUGCCAGAUGAUCAGCAGUUCCUGGACCUGCGGGUAGCGGUGCUGGGGAAUGUGGACUCAGGGAAGUCCACUCUGCUUGGUGUACUCACACAAGGAGAGCUGGACAACGGGAGAGGGAGAGCGCGGCUCAACCUCUUCAGACACCUUCAUGAAAUCCAGACCGGACGGACCUCCAGCAUCAGCAUCGAGAUCCUGGCCGACAGCAAAGGAGAGGUGGUGAACUACAGUGAGUCCAGAACGGCGGAGGAAAUCUGCGAGAGUGCCUCAAAAAUGAUCACCUUCAUAGACCUGGCAGGCCACCACAAGUAUCUCAAGACCACCAUCUUUGGCCUGACCAGCUACUGUCCAGACUUUGCCAUGCUCGUGGUCAGCGCUAACACUGGCAUCGCGGGGACGACGCGAGAGCACCUGGGUCUGGCCAUGGCACUGAAGGUGCCCAUCUUCAUAGUGGUCAGUAAGGUGGACCUGUGUGCCAAAGGCACCGUGGAGCGCACCGUCCGGCAGCUGGAGCGCAUCCUCAAGCAGCCGGGCUGCAACAAAGUGCCCAUGCUGGUGUCCUCCACAGACGACGCCGUCACUGCCGCCCAGAAGUUUGCACAGUCUCCCAGCAUCACGCCCAUCUUCACCCUGUCCAGCGUGUCGGGGGAGAGUCUGGAUUUGCUGAAGGUCUUUAAUAUUCUACCUCCCCUCAGCAACAGCAAGGAGCAGGAGGAGCUGAUGCAGCAGCUCACAGAGUUUCAGGUACAGGAGAUCUACACAGUGCCGGAUGUGGGGACAGUUGUUGGUGGGACUCUUUACAGUGGGAUCUGCCGCGAGGGAGAGCAGCUGGUGGUCGGACCCACGGACGAUGGGAAGUUUCGUGAGCUGACGGUGUGCAGUAUCCAGAGGAAUCGCUCGGGCUGCAGGGUGCUGAGAGCUGGGCAGGCUGCCACUCUGGCUCUGGGAGACUUCGACCGCUCGUUACUACGAAAGGGAAUGGUGAUGGUCAGCCCGGAGAUGAACCCCACUAUCUGCUGGCGCUUCGAGGCUGAGAUCGUCUUGCUCUUUCACGCCAAAACCUUCCACAAGGGCUUCCAGGUGACGGUGCAUGUGGGCAAUAUCAGACAGACGGCCACGGUCGAGGCUCUGCAAGGAAAGGACGAGCUGCGCACCGGAGAGAAGGCGGUGGUGCGCUUCAGGUUCAUCAAGCACCCCGAGUACCUGAAGGUGGGCGCCAAGCUGCUCUUCAGAGAGGGGGUCACCAAAGGCAUCGGCCAGGUCACCAAACUACAGCCAUCCAAACACGGCUCCAGCAGCACUGAACCUCACUGUCAGCCUUCAUAACGAUCUUCAUCCACUCUCCAAAGGACACCGGUUGUACUUUAGCUAGUUUUGUUUUUAUUACCGACGUGGAUGAAGAACCUCGUGGCAGCUACGGUUGUGAGAGCGAAACCGACCAGACGCCUCUCUGAUGUCUUUUUAUUUAUUUUAGCCUUUUCUAACGAGGUUUUUUUUACUCUCGAGCUUUAACGGCACAGGAUUUAGAUCUCUGCUAGAAGUCACCAAGUGUUCCUGCUAUCCUUCUGACGCUCCAGACGUCGAUCUGCCUUGACCCGUUUCUGCCUGCACUCCAGUGCUUUAGUAGCUCAGGAAGCAUUACGUUCACGCGUCACUGAUUAUGCAAAGCUCUCCGUCUCAUUGCGUGUCUGGGGUCUCUGGUGCAGUGUGCUACACCUCGGUGUCUCUCUGAACACUCGAGGUUUGGUGCUAGCGCUUUCCGUCGCUUCAUUUUAGCGCUGUCCUGUACCCAUGGCAUGCAUGUUGAUCUCAGUACUGAAUCGUAUAUCAGGACACGCUCGCGUUUCUACUUUAUCACUGUUCAGUGUGCAAUUUUACGAGAAAAAAAAUGUAUUUGAACCAAAAAGAGUAAGUUUAUAUAGAAUGUUCUAGAGAAUUCUGGAUGUUUUAGUUCCAUCGAUUUGUAAUAAUUUCUACUCGUAUGCAUUUUUUUGGAGUGACGUCUUCUUUUACACCGAAUGUCACUUUUCUGGCUUUAUGUGCUAGAUGGGUUUUUUUGAGAUUUUUAAAAGCAUUUUAGCCUUACUUUUUGGUGAAUUGGAAUAUUUAUGUACAAAUUUGUUUGUAUAUUGUGCUGUACAUAAAUAAAAGUUUAUUAGAGUUUA